AUGAUGCCAAGCUCCGUCAGACCUUACAGUCUUCACGACGACAACGGCCUACUGCGCAAAGCAGAAGUUUGGAAGAGGAUUCUUGAAUUGGUGGGUUCGUUCGGUGGAUCGAAGAAGGAAGCGAUUAUCGUGCAACCACUGUCGCGAAUUGGUAGUAAACCCCGCUACUUCAUCCUACCUGAGGUUCAAGAGCAAGUCGAGAAAGCAGUAUUUGUAAUUGUUAAGGAAGAAGAAGAUCACAAAGGCGUUGAAAUAGGAGCGUUUUACACCCCGACACUUGCCGCUCCCUUGGCGUUGAAGAAUGAGAUGGCAGAUCUCGAAGUUGUUGCUCGUAAUCCUGAUCUGGAUUUUGCGAUUCUCAAAACAUCCCAGCCCAGAUCGUUUAUUCCUUAUCGUAACGGAAGACCAGAUAACCUCAAAGGACGCAAGAAAACAAUCGCGGAUCAUUUGACUGACGUGGAGGAGUCUCUGGACGCUGUGAGCAAUGGAUAUGGACACGCUCUUUUGGUACAUGAUAUCAAGGACUCGCUCUUUUGGUAUCAAGAAUGUGGUCUCCGAGUGUAA